GUACCGGGGUUUGAGUAACAAUCAAAAUAGCAAACCUCAAACCACCUCCAAAAAAUGAUGCUCGGAGAGGCACGCCAUCCCAAUCCAACGGUCCACGUCCCUCCAUGGCCAACUCAGGACGAUCCAACGGCAGAGAUUUACUCACCUUACUCGUUAACUUCCCUUUCCGUUAACUCUGACGGCAAUGGCAACACCAGCGCGGGUGACUACUCGCCUUACUAUCUCCAAGACGUGAUGACGGCGCUGCAACGUUAUUUGCCGUCAAACGAGGCGGACUUGGAUUUAGACUCGGAUUCGGGCCGUGAAGCGGAUGCUCCGGUGGACGCGUACUCGUGCGACCAUUUCAGGAUGUUUGAGUUUAAGGUUAGGAGGUGCGCACGUGGGAGAUCACAUGACUGGACAGAGUGUCCGUACGCUCAUCCGGGUGAGAAGGCCCGGAGGAGAGACCCGAGAAAGUAUCACUAUUCGGGUACGGCUUGCCCCGAUUUCCGAAAGGGAAAUUGUAAGAAAGGCGACACCUGUGAGUUCGCACACGGCGUAUUUGAGUGCUGGUUACACCCGGCUCGCUAUCGUACACAGCCUUGUAAAGACGGAACCAGCUGUCGUAGAAGGGUUUGUUUUUUCGCUCAUACGCCUGAGCAACUCAGGGUUCUGCCACCUCAGCAGAUGCAAAGUCCAACUCCAAGGAGUACUGUAGUCAACUCGGUUGACUCCUAUGAUGGCUCGCCCUUAAGGCAUGCCAUCGAGGCUGCUAAAACGCUGCCCUUUUUGUCUUCUCCGUCUACGAUUUCUCCUCCGGCGACUCCUCCGGCGGCCGAUUCUCCUCCCAUGUCGCCGAUGACUCAGUCGCUGAGUCGUUCACUCGGUUCGGGUUCGAUCAACGAAGUGGUGGCUUCUUUGAGGAACUUGCAGCUAGAAAAGGUUAAGUCAUUGCCUUCCUCAUGGAACGUUCCCGGGUACGGGUCUCCCAGAGGAUCCAUGCUCCGACCCGGAUUUUGUAGCAUGCCUACUACUCCGACCCGAGCACCAACCCGUACUGGAAUGGGGUACUUCGAUGUGUGGGACCAGGGGGGUUGCGAGGAGGAGACUCCGAUGGAGAGAGUUGAGUCAGGGAGGGGGUUAAGGGCUAAGAUGUUCGAGAAACUGAGAGAGGAGAAUUCUCUGGAUCGGGUCGACCCGGGUACAUCAACAAGCGGUGCUCCGGAUGUCGGAUGGGUCUCGGAGCUUGUUAAGUAAGCGAGAGAAGAAUUCCGUCUGAUGAUUUUUAUUUUGCUAAGAUCUUUUUAUAUAUAAAGAUUCUAUUUUUUGGUGGGUUAUUAGUACUAUUUAGGGUCCUCUCUCGCUCUCUCUCUCUCUGGCUAUGACAACACUUUGUGAAUAGUUUCUCAGCUCUGAAGGGCGAAGCAGAAGCGAGAGAGAGACAGAGAAAAGAGACUCUUUAAUUUUGGAAAAUUAUGUGUAAAUAUUUUUAAAAAUUGUCAGAUGGAUUGGAUGGUAUGGGUGAAGAGUGGAAUCUCUUUUUUGGGGAAUUUUCUGAAAACAUUGGAUUGCUAAGCAAGUAAGGACAAAAAUAUUGGCAACUUUUUGUAUAGGGUAGCCGAAGAAGGCAGUGGAUCACUCUCUUUUUACUAUUUUGUUAAUUAUUGCUGUGUUUAUUAUGAUCACAAUCCCACUUACUGAUCUUGAUCAUUGUAAAUAUUUCUCAGUAUGUAUGCUCUUUAUCCUAAUGCAAUUAUUAAUGUUUUUGUAUA